CUGACGGGAAAGUUAAAACACGAAGAAGGUGUACACAAUGUUUUGGUGACGUCAUGAGUAAGAAAGCAGCCUGUCGGUGGGCUGUGGUCUUUAAAGCUUCUUUCUUCUCGCCGCAUGUACAGUCUGACACGCUGUUAAGAGGACAUCAGGAAUCUACACACUUCGCAUAAUGAGACGUUGGAGUUCGUGUGUGCCGAUGCACUGAAAGAUGGGUCGCUGCAGUGUCCACGUCCUCCUGCUGCUCGUGCUGCAUGUUCUGAAGACAUCUGCCGAGGAUUCAGGUCGACAGUUGGCGUGUCUUCAGUGUGAUAGUCCGAAAUGCCUCCAGGCCUCCCAGUGCCAUGGAACACGAUGUUUCUCUUCUGUCACAGUUGGCAGCAGCGGGGUGGUGUUUAAGUGCGGCUGCUUGCAAGGGACAGACCCAAUCAGUUUUCAUUGCUCCAUGUCUCCAUCAUACCACCAGGCCAUUUUCUGCUGCUCCCGUGACAUGUGCAACAGCAACACCACCAGGAACUCUCUGAUGGCUCAGCUGCUAUCAGCUCCAGAAGGUGAACCAGUUCCAUACCGCGUGGAAACGUUGGCUCUCUUUGUGAUCGGUCCAGUUGUGGUUCUUGUACUGCUGUCUGUAGUGUCCGUAUUGGCCUGCAGGAAGUUUCGCCACAGCCGUUUGCAAAGAUUACAAGACUUUGACACGGAGCAGGGAGCCAUCGAUGGCCUCAUCACCUCCAAUGUGGGAGACAGCACUUUAGCAGACCUGUUGGAUCACUCCUGUACAUCGGGCAGUGGGUCAGGUCUUCCCUUCCUUGUCCAGAGAACUGUGGCCCGACAGAUCAGUCUGGUGGAGUGUAUAGGCAAAGGCAGAUACGGGGAGGUGUGGCGGGGUCAGUGGCAGGGAGAGAACGUGGCUGUUAAGAUUUUCUCCUCUCGAGAUGAGAAGUCGUGGUUCAGAGAGACUGAGAUCUACAACACGGUGCUGUUGAGACAUGAAAAUAUCCUGGGCUUCAUGGCAUCUGACAUGACUUCUCGAAACUCCAGCACCCAGCUGUGGCUCAUCACUCAUUACCACGAGAACGGCUCACUUUAUGACUACUUGCAACGUGUUGCCGUGGAGACGACAGAGGGCCUGGCGAUGGCGGCGUCCAUAGCCUGCGGCCUGGUGCACCUGCACACGGAGAUCUUUGGCACAGAGGGAAAACCAGCCAUCGCACAUCGGGACUUGAAGAGCAAAAACAUCCUGGUUACGAAGGAGCUGCGGUGCUGCAUUGCAGAUCUGGGACUGGCUGUAAUCCACUCACAGACAGACAACCUGCUGGAUGUGGGCAACAACCCAAAAGUGGGCACCAAGCGCUACAUGGCCCCUGAGGUUCUGGACGAGACCAUUCAGACUGACUGCUUUGAUGCCUAUAAGAGAGUGGACAUCUGGGCCUUUGGUCUGGUUCUGUGGGAAAUAGCAAGACGCACAUACAGCAACGGCAUUGUUGAGGAGUACAAGCCUCCAUUUUAUGACCAGGUGCCAAACGACCCCAGCUUUGAGGACAUGAGGAAAGUGGUGUGUGUGGAGCAGCAGAGGCCUUUCAUUCCCAAUCGUUGGUUCUCUGAUCCUACUCUCUCUGCUCUGGUGAAGCUGAUGAAGGAGUGCUGGUACCAGAACCCGUCUGCCAGGCUGACAGCGCUGCGCAUCAAGAAAACCCUGGAUAAGAUCUACAGCUCUCUGGAGAAGGGCAAGGAGUCCUGAGAGGGAGCUGGGGGCGUUGAUCAGGGUGUUAAAGAGACCAGCUGGACAGAGGACCACAGGCAGGAGUUGUUGAAGAGUCAUCGAACCUCAUCCUUGCUCUCUCACGUUCUCUGUGGUUGCCUUCCACCGCCAUAGUCACUCUGACUUGAAGCCCACACAGAUGUUUGAAUCUGAAGCCAGCCUUAGCUACGGGACUUGAACCUGUCGCCAUUGUGUUCACACUGACCUUAACUGUGGCUUGUUACAGUUGAAAGAACAUGAACGGCAUAUUUUAGCACCCUGCACCAACGCAUUAAUGCCCACAUAAGCUCAGCCUUCUUACACUUACAGCGUUUAGUUUUUUUAUUCCUCAGCUGGUGGUUGUGGCUUUCUGCUCAGAGACAAUCAGUGAUAUUUCACCCCCCACCCCACUCCCCUUUAAUUUUACUACGUCAACAAAUCUGAAAACAACUGUCUACUUACAAAGGAAAAAAGCCAAUAGAAUCAAAAAGUUUUUAAAUUUUUAUUAAAAGCUGUAUGAAACUUCCACUCUUACACACUGAGGACAAGUAAAACUGACUGUACAUGUAUAAGUGUUUACAUCCACUUUAUGUAUCCAUGUUGUCAUUAGUGGAGCUUUUAGGAAAUGCAAAGUGGGAAAGGAGGAAUUAAAAAAACAAAACAAAAAAAAAAAAGGAUAAUAUUCUGAA